AUGUCUUUCCUUGAAUCUCUUAUAGGGUUUUGCCUCAUAGCUUGGUUAUCUGUGAUCUCUGCACAAACCCAACACAAUGAAACCCAAGUUUCAGAGUUGAAGUAUAAGACAGAAUCAACGGUAUAUGAAAUGCUUGAGAAAUUCAAUUUCCCAAAAGGGAUUCUCCCAGAAGGAGCUACUGGAUAUGUGCUUCAUGAAGAUAACAGAUUCGAAGUUUAUCUGGGUCGAGACUGCAGGUUUAAUGUUCAAGGAGGGUAUACUCUGCAUUACAGCAGGAAGAUCUCAGGGCGAGUUGGGUUUGGUUAUUUGAGUGAAUUGAAAGGUGUGAGCGUGAAGAUCUUGUUCUUAUGGUUGGGCAUCAAUGAGGUGACCGUAGGAGAUGGAAAUUUGUAUUUCUAUGUUGGACCCAUAUCGGCUUCCUUCCCCCUGUACAAUUUUGAAGAGUGCCCUCAGUGCGGUAACGGGGUGGAUUGCCCUAAACUUGUGUCGGAUUCUUGA